AUGGGCUCCAUUGCUCCUCGAGCCGCUGUCGGCAUCAUUUCCAUCGGUGAUAUGGGCCUGGGUAUCGCCAAGCUUCUCCAGGCCUACAACUACGAGGUUCUCACCACAACCGUCGGUCGAAGCCCUUCGACCCACGCCCGCGCCACCUCCGCCGGCAUAACCGUCCUCCCAUCCGACGGCGCCCUCGUCGAGAAGGCCGACUACAUCCUCUCCAUCGUCCCGCCCCGCGACGCCGUCGCCACCGCCAACCGCAUCAUCGACGCCUGGACCGCCGCCUCGAGCAGCAGAUCGACCCCGCUCUACUUCCUCGACCUCAACGCCAUCGCCCCCUCCACCGCCCGCAGCAUCGACGCCGCCCUCACCUCCCGCGCCCCAGGCAUCCGCUUCAUCGACGGCGGCAUCAUCGGCUCGCCGCCCAAGCUCCUCGACGAAGAAGCCGCCGCCGCCGCCCCCAACAGCAACACCGACGCCGACGCCGACCUAACCGCCAGCCUCCUCCGCUGGAAACGGCCCUCCAUCCCCAUCUCGGGGCCUCACGCCCUCGACGCCGCCAACACCACCACCACCGCCCCUCCCCCAUCCGGCGCGCACCUCGCCGCCAUCCUCAACACCAAACACCUCGACCCCACCAUCGGCCCCGCCUCGGGCCUCAAAGCCUGCUUCGCCGCCAUGACGAAAGGCUUCUACGCCCUCGCGCUCCAAUCCUUCACCACGGCGCACGGGCUCGGCCUGCUCCCCGAGCUGCGCGCGCAGCUCGCCGCGUCGUUCCCCGCGCUCGCCGCCGCCGCCGACCGCGGCGCCGUCGGCAUGCAGCACAAGGCGUAUCGGUGGGAGGGCGAGAUGCGCGAGGUGGCGGAGACGCUGAGGGCGGAGGGCGGGUGGGGGGCCGCGGGGCAGGAUGCGGUUUUUGAUGGCGUGGCCGAGGUGUAUAGGGUUGUGGCGGAGGAGACGGGGUUGGGGACCGAGGAGGGGAGGAAGGGAGAGGUCGAGGGGGUGGUGGGGGAGUUGGCUGUUGCUGCGGCUGCGCGGAGGCGGGAUGGUGGCGGAAAGGGGGAGUAG